GCUGCUGUAAUUUCCGGUAAGUUGGAAAUACAGGUUGACUAGGUUUGAUCUGUUUGUUUACCAUUACAUUUGGUGAUAUCUAAGAACGUUCUAAGAAUGCUCCUAAGCAGAUCUUAGCACUUAAGAGCUUCUUGACGAAUCUGGGAAACACGACCAAGAUCAGUGAGAUAUAAUUAUAUAUAAUAUAUUAUAGUUACCUACUUUUGUUAAUUUAAUUUAGCCUGGGUGAUCCUAGACAAAUCUGUGAGCAUUCGAAUGAGCUCUGCAGAUCUGUCUAGCUACCCUCUUACUCAAAGCCAUUUUCACUUGAGAAAAUCACUAAAGAAACCAGAAGUGAAAUUAAAUUUGAUUUGAUGUACCUAUUUCACAGCUGGAAAUCCCCAUAUUAUGCCGCUUGGAAACUGAAAGCGAAUUGACGGUGCCCAGAUCAAUUCUCAGUUGAGAAUCAGUUCUGUGUCAGUCAGGCUAAACUGAUUAGUUAUGGCUUGCCAUUUAAGAUAUAAAAUUAAUAGCUACAAAUGUAAUAAUAUUAAAUACAUAGCAUAAAUAGUAGUGCAAUUUGGCCUAGGGACACUUUGCUAAUUUCCAAGGGACAUACUUAGUGAAAUGAGAAAAAAUAACUAUACAGUACGUGUGUUGUACAUUGCGCCUAGACCGUUGAGGCCUGUGCGCAAUUUGCGAUGAACUCGCACCGUAGGCAUCAGAGGUCACACUUUAGCAGUAUAGCAUCUGGCCACCAGAGGGUGUUCGGGGUCUACUACUUGACAGGAUACACCUGCCACUGAGUUUUGUUCUUAAUAACACAAGGUGCAACAAGGUUUUUUUUCUUUCGUGUUAUGAGAACAUUACAUUAACCAUCACCAUGUGAAUGCAACGGGUUUUGUCUGAUGGCACUGUUGCUGUUGGCUUAAAGAACCUCGAGGCCUCGAAGUCUGAUGUCACCGCUGCGCGCACCGGGGCAGAUCCAGCGGCAGUUUGAGUUCGAGCCAUGACGUCGACUCCGUAAAGCGCUCCUCUGGCAGACAGCGGAAUCUCACCGCGUUGGCGCAUUCACUCGGGAACAGGUGGACAACUGCAGAGGCAACGAUGAAAGAUUCUCCUACUCAAACAGUGGAGCGUGACGAAGACGCAUGUCCAGGAGAGGAGACUAUGGACCUGACCUGGAAAGGAGCCACGCCGAAGGUGAGGGAGGAAGAGGAGGAGGAGAGGGAGGAGGAGGAAAGGGAGGAGGAGGAAGAGGAGGAGGAGGAGCCCAGCAGGCAAACCGACCCGGAGGAGAACGACAGGGACGGCUCGGAAUCGGGGGGCCCAGAGGCAGCAGAGAGUCUCGUGAAGACGGAGCAAGUGGAUGACCACGACCAAAGAGUGGACGACCGCGAGCUGGACGGCCAGACGAUGGACUCCGAGGAGGCCGGAGCGGAGAAAGAGGACGACUCGGUGGACUACGGGGAAGAGGACAUGUUCAUCGAUGCCCAGGACUCGCCCAUCAACUACGCCAAGUACGACAGCCCCACGCCGCCGGACGGCGGUGGCCUCACUGGGUGGAACGGCUCCCAGAGGACUGCGCAGGGCAGCAGCAGCAAGCUCACCUGCGAUAUCUGCGGCCUGGCCUGCGUCAGCCUGAACGUGCUCCUCGUGCACAAGCGCAGUCACACAGGAGAGCGUCCGUUUCACUGUCAGCAGUGCGGAGCCUCCUUCACCCAGAAGGGGAACCUGCUGCGCCACAUCAAGCUGCACUCGGGGGAGAAGCCCUUCAAGUGCCCCAUGUGCAGCUACGCCUGCCGCCGCCGCGACGCCCUCAGUGGACACCUGCGCACACACUCAGUGGAGAAGCCGUACAAAUGCAACCACUGCGGGCGGAGCUACAAGCAGCGCAGCUCCCUGGAGGAGCACCGGGAACGCUGCCACGUCUACAUGCAGAGCAGGAGCGACCCCCAGAGAGGCGGCGAGGAGGUGAGCAGUAACGGCGGGCGGGCCCAGGGGGGCGUGGAGAGGGCCAUCCUGCUGGACAGACUGGCCAGCAACGUGGCCAAGCGCAAGAGCACCAUGCCCCAGAAGUUUGUAGGCGAGACCCCCGUGUGUCUGGACCUGUGCUUCAAGCGGGAGCCGGGGGUGCACCAGUCCGGCUCCGACCCCCCGCGCAGCUCGUCCACCCCCGAGGGCCUCCACGGCCCGCCGUCGGACGCCGAGCAGCCGCACCACAACAAGAGCUUCCCCCUGCAGCUCGGCACCACCGCCGGCACCGCGGCCCCUCUCGCCCUCACCAACGGUGGCAAGACGGAGCGGGGGGCGCACCAGCCGAGCCACCACCACCCCAUGGCUGCCCUGGACUCCCCCCAGCACCCCCACCUCCACCAUGACGGGGGCCCGCGCUCCCGCCACCCCUCCGGCCUCCUGCAGCACCACCAGCAGCAGCAGCAGCAGCACCCGUCGCUACCCUUCAGCCUGAGCCACCUGCUGGUGCCCGGAGUGACGGCCGCCGGGGGUCUCCCGUUCCCCAUGCACCACCCCCACCACCACCCUCCGCACCUGGCGCCGCACCUGGUGCACCAGCCGCCCCCCCUGGCCCCCCCCCACGGCGGGGUGCCCCCCCACGAGGUGCUGCGGGUGGUGCAGGGCAAAGGGGAGCCGGCGGGCGCCUACAUGUGCAGCCACUGCCGCGUGCUCUUCCUGGACUACGUCAUGUUCACCAUCCACAUGGGCUGCCACGGCUUCCGCGACCCGCUCGAGUGCAACCUGUGCGGCCACCUGAGCCGCGACCGCUACGAGUUCUCCUCGCACAUCGCCCGCGGGGAACAUUACCUGGAGAUCAAGUGAAGGGGCGGCAGCGCACGCACACACACACGCACACGUGCGCAUACACACACACACACACACACACACACACACACACACACAUAUACACAUACACACACACACAAACACACACACACACACACACACACACACACACACACACACACACACACAAGUAGCGAGUUAAAACAUCGGCUCACCAGUUUUUGAUCAGUCUGACACUUUGUAUGUAGAUAUGAUAUAACAUAUCUGUAGAUAUUUUGAUAUGUAGAUAUUUUUGUUUGUCGGGCAUGAAAUACUCUCUGACUACUUUCUGUAUACAUGAUUUACUGAAAUGUAAGGACUUUGUAAGAACAAAUUUGCCCACAUUACUGGAAGCAACACGGGCAUCUUUCCUUUCAUGUUGAAAUUUCAUGUUGAAUGUGCUGUUUUUUAAAGGACUAUUUUUGGUCUUAACUUCCACCUGCUUUUUUGGUAAAGCAGCCAUAUGCCUCAUGCUCUGCACACGAACAUUCUCCACGGUGAAAGACUUCUUACCAUUCCUAAACCAUUCCUAAACCAAAGAACUGAAACACACCACUCCACGUCUUUUUUUUGAGUGAUGUGAUAUCUAUAUUAUUGUUAUGAGAAUGUUGUAUUACUGUACCUACAAAACAAGGGCUCUCAGGUUUUCACCCUUUUUAUGUCUGUUAAGUUACGGUAGAGAGGGUUAAAGCGGCGCUAGCUCGGUUCAUGGACCGAAUUUAAUUAUUCAUUCCAUGCCCUAAACUGAAAAAAUGCAUGAUUAUACUGUAGGCAACAGUAAUGUAAAAAAAAAAUGUUUAUCUGCUCUUACUUGCUUCUUAUGAGAGAACGUUUAUUUAGUGAGGUGACACUCCCACUUAUGCAGACCGGAACCAAAGAUCCUUCAGAGCUUUUUCAACCGUCUGCCGGAACUGUCCCAUUCUGCUCCCAUAGCAACGAAUUGCGUUGCUCUGUCUUGUUAGUGAUCAAGGAUCUUUGGUUACGGGGUAUACCUGCGCCCCAGAUAAGUGCGGUUGAGUAUGAUUUCUCAUACCACACACAAACAUGACAUGAACUGACUGUAUCCAUUUAAUGCCGUCCAUGUUUAUUGUGUUUUUGCAUUUUCUAAAUGUGCCAAUACUGUUCAAGGCAUCAGCUGUAGUCCAUUGCACUGGGUUAAUUAUGCAUUAAGAACAUAUGACUUCAUAGAGCAUACUGUAUCUUGUGUAGAAGGAUAUAAAAGAAGGAUGUUGUUUCUUA